AGUUUAUUUAAAGAAGUCUCGUGUUUGCCACUCCACAAAUACUUAAUAUAUGGAACACUGUUUGAACUAAAUGUUGAACUGAAAGUAGUUAAUUUUUAAAUAAAAGGUUCUGCACACAAGCUCCACCCGUAUAAACCUUUAGAGAGUGAACGGAAUUAGUAUUAACGGAACAGAUUCAAUAUGAGUGAUCGUCGCUUGCUAAGGUGGUUGCCUGCCGUUUGCAUAUUGCUCUCCUCUGUGCAUGCCUACCCAAGUCUUCAAAUAAAAAUCCCGAAUGGUGACAGCGUACCUCAUCCAUGUGACUCCUCUCGAAUAUGGGAUGGGGUCGGGCACGAGAAUCAGGCGGGUGGAGGGGCUAGAAACCCCUUUGGAAGGGACUUUGAUGCAAACGGGAAGGUUUGGGACUCUACAAUCUGCAGAAUGGAUUCAGAUGGAGAUGGACGGACGAACGGAGAAGAACUGGGAGAUCCUGACUGUAUAUGGAGCCAAGGACAGGCUCCAGCAGUCACUUUCGGUCUUUCACACCCAGGUGUAUGUGAGCCAUUGGACAGUAGCACGUGUGCAGGGAGAAACUCGUUUGUAGACUGUGGAAAUACCGGAGAGUUUGACUGCCCUCCCAUACACGCAGAAGACACCGUCAAAAUGGACAUACGUUUCCCGGAAACGCCAGUCCCUGCCCAGGAAACCACAUACAUGUGUAUGGCCUUUGAGCUUCCAUCUGAUAAGCCCUACCAUCUGAUCGCCUCUAACCCAAUCAUCGACAACAGGGAGGUCAUGCACCACAUCAUCGUCUACGGAUGUUCUGGAAUGGACACAGCACCAAGAGAGCUCAACAAACCAUGGAAUUGUCAGGGUGAAAUGCAAUCAUGUCAGGAGAUGAUAAGUUUAUGGGCAGCAGGUAGCCCUGGGAUAUGUUUCAAUGAAGACAUGGGAUUCCAGGUUGCUGGAGAAGAGGGACUGAAGUAUGCUGUGAUGGAGUUCCAUUGGAACAACCCCUCCCUCGUCGACAGUUAUACAGAUAGUUCUGGCUACGAACUUUACCUCACUCCAAAUCUCCGCCCUUACAAUGCUGGUGUGUUAAUGAUUGGUCAGAGUGACAUCGCCAUUCCGCCGGGUAAAAUGGGACACGUGGAAGAGGGCACCUGUCCUGGCAAUUGUACCAAUCAGAUCAUGACGGGAGAUAUACAGGUCACAUUGGCUCUUAACCACAUGCAUACGAUGGGAAAGGCCCAAAUCACAGAACUGAAUCGAAAUGGACGGCGUAUACAGUACCUAGCAAAAGAUGACCACUAUGACUACAACAGUCCUGUGUUUUAUGAAUAUGAGGAUCCUAUAACCGUUCGACCAGGAGACGAACUCCACACAACAUGUGUAUGGCAAUCGCUUGACAAAACAAAAACAGUCAACUAUGGCGAAGGGACGCAAGAAGAAAUGUGUUUUGCUUUCCUUAUUUACUACCCUAAGGAAAACUUUCGGUCAGAAUCGUGUGUAUCAAUAAAGGGACUUGAUCAUUGUGAACUAUGGAUGAACGGAAAAGUCAGGAGAGGGUGUGAUUUUGAUAAAAUUUUCAACCCAGUAGACCCCGACACUGUGGCCAUGAACGAAGCAGUCUCAGAAAAAUGCACACCAUUUGUUUGCCGGGAGGAAUGUCUUGAUUACGUUAGAACCCUUAAGCAACAUCCCUGCUUCAUCGGUGACGUAGGAGACUUGUUGAGAACUUGGUACUUAAGGGAUGAAUCCACAAGGAACGAAGUAAUAUCCUUCUUUGCUGCAAUUGAUUCGUGCGAUAUGGAGUUGUGGGAGGAAAGAUACCGACCGAAUGGAAACAUUGAUGGAUCCAUAUCUUCUGCCGAGAACCGCCUGGCCUCGACGCAUUUUAUAUUCGCAGUUGCUGCCCUUUCAUUGUUAUUUUGAUGAUGUUUUGUGUAUAUAUUAUUCCGAGAAAGCUUACUGAUUACGUAAUUUUAAUAACGCAACAGUACAUAAAUAUCACCACGAUUACACGUUAUUAUACAAAAUUUGGCAAUGAAUGUAGAUGAAAAAAAUAAGGAUAUUGAUUGGUUAUGCUACGUAUCAUUGUGAACACAUUACAUAUUGCAGUAUUAUUUGGUAGCGUAUAUUCGUCCUGAAUUUUAGAAACAUCAUUCAGGCAUCAAAAGAAAAUUAUUAUUUUUUGCUUUGUUAAAUAUAUGUACAUGUAUGCUUUCCAUACAGCAAGAGGAUAGUAAAAUAUAGUAUGAUUUUUAUUUGAACUCUUUAUUCCAAACACUACCUUUCGUUUGCCUCCGUAAAUGUUAAUAAGUGUUGUAGCAAUAAAAACUAUUCAAUUAUGUCACAGUUAAGAGUCGUAUGAGAUGACGUAUAUUAUUCCGUUUUGACUGGUUGCUCAAAUCUAAAAACUUUCAAUAUAUUUUAAUUCAAGAGACAGAUAUAUGUGCAUUUGAAGUAGUCUUGGUUUAGCUUUUUAGCUUCAGGAAUUCAGUUUCUGAACUAUUAUAUUUGGGGAAUUUAGAAACUUAUUUCCUACAUAAACAUAUAACAAAGUGUGCUUUUAGUUGAUGUAGUCAAAUCAAUCUAUUUGUUUUGUGUAAAAUUGGACUCCCAUUUGUACAUUUGUUUGAACACAUGUACUGUACCUUUUUCAUUAUUGACUUUAUAUUCAGUUUUCAGUGCAAUUCCUACGUUUUGCAUAAAAUGCAAUUUUAUUUAAAAAAUCGUGUUUUGCUUUGGAUAUAAGAAUGUUUUACUUUACAUGCCUGCUAUAUAUUUCAUAAAGUAUUUGUAUCUUUAGUACGAGUUUAUACGGUAUGUUAUUAAGAGUCAACAAUUCGAGCUGUGAUUCAAUUAUUUCUGUUUCUUUAAAUAAACGUUCUCCUUCAG